AAGAAAAGAAAAGUCAAAGUAGCUAAACGAGACAAAAAAAAAUUCAGCAAGGGAAUGAUUGGUACACCUUAUGACUUCCAACACGUUAGUCACGCUGGGAUCAACAACGACAACACCUGUACUGUGUCUAAUGUUAGCGAAGAUAAGGAGCUGCUAAACCUAUUCUCUGUUGUUGGGUUAGACCAGACGAAACUGGCAGACGACAAUACGAGGAAGUUUGUGUAUGACUUUAUUGAUAAACACGGAGGUAUAGAGGAGGCGAAGGCGGCCGACAGGAGAUACUCUACCAAGCGGACCAUGAGCCACAAUCUUGGUAAUAGAAUAGCAUCUGCACCUACACCUCCACCUCCUCGAGUUACUGCUUCCACUGGUUCCAUAAAUCCUCCACAUUCUAGAGUUACUGCUUCCACUGGUUCCAUAAAUCCUCCUCCACCUCCUCGAGCUCUUCCGCCUGUACCACCUGAACGCCUCAGCUUUAUUCAUCCAUCACCUCCAGUCAAUCGCCACUAUCAGGCAGAUCGAUAUGUUGUAGACGACGGCCCCUUGCCACCACCUCCCAAAUCUCUCGGGCUACCACCUCCUCCUCCUCCCUCUAGAACUCUUCCUUCACCUCCAUCACCCAGUUCAAAAUCUAAUAUUCGUGCACCUUCUCCCCCUCCACCCACAACAAAAUAUGGUCUUUCUUCAUCUGCUCUCUCCAGCUAUACUAUCCCUCCCCCUCCACCAUCUAUGUCCAAAGGCAAUAUUCCAGCUCCCUCUCCUCCCCCUCCUCCAUCUAUGUCCAAAGGUAAUAUUCCAGCUCCCCCUCCCCCCCCUCCACCAUCUAUGUCCAGAGGCAAUAUUCCAACUCCCCCUCCUCCCCCUCCACCACCGCCAUCUGGAAGAGGUCCUCCAGAACCUCCUCCUCCCAAGGGUGGAGUCUUAGGUGGUCCUCGGCCUGCUGUUGACCCUCACGCUGCUCUCCUGGAACAUAUCCGUAAAGGCUCCGGGACUCUUAAGAAGGCAGAACAGUCGUCGCCCCCGCCUCCCUCCACGGACUCACGCACUCAGCUCCUGGAAGACAUUAAGAGUCGCGCCUUCAAGCUACACAAGGUGGAGGUUGAGGAGGUGGAGAUGUCAGAGGAGGAGUCGCUGGGGCUGGAAGGGAUCGCCCUGGACCUGCACCGCGCCCUCAAGGAACGAGCCCAGUUCAUCCAACCUGGCGAUGAUGAAGAAGAUUCCUCAGAUGAUGACGAGGAUGAUGAGUGGGACGACGAUGGGUUUUGAUGUGUGGUCUCUGUGAUGAUGGUGUGGCUGGGGUCAAGGUAGUGUGGCUGGGGUCAAGGUGGUGUGGCUGGAGAGUAUAUAGGUGAGAUGAGUAGAGACUCUCAUCAUCUUUAAAGACUCCUACCAGGUUUCCUCACUCCGAGAAAAGUGAGAGAGAUCAGACUACACUUCUACACCAAGUCCCUGGAGAAGUUUUCCAGAAGCAGAAACAUCAACACUUUCUGUCUUGUAAAGAAUUGGAUCCCAGUUGUCUUAUUGCCCCUCGUGUGUUUAGUGAAGUUAAAUGUUUGUAAAUAUUGAUUAAAAGAUAUAAUUGUUUUAGUGUGAGGAGAAGAGUUUGUGUUUUAUGAGAAGUUCAAGUAGAGGUAAAGUACAGAGGCGUAGUUUGGCACUACUCAGAGAGGGUUUAUGUGUGAUGCAGAUUAAGUUUAGCAACAACACAAACACUUGAAAUAUCUGCUGUUUAUUUUCAUAUAUAACAAAGAGUUGUUCAGUAUUUGUAUUUUUACGAGCUUUUUCACCAUUAUUUCUCUAUUGAAACAAAUUGAUCAAAAAAUAUUGGUUAUAUAUCUGUAAUUGUACACAAAUGGCCGACACAACACGGACAUACACCUGAUCUAGGCCGAGGGUAGAGUGUCCACUAUACAUCUAACUUUGGUUUUGGGAAAAUUACAAUGACACAAACUUCUCCAAUGAGGUCCCGGUCUCUGGUAAACAUGAAUACUCUGUGUCUUUACUCGUCAAUUAUUUUUACGUUCCUUUGUUUUUCUCGUUCACUUGGGUCACGGGGUGUGAGCCCCCAGACCCUUCCCUAUUAUAUUACUGACACAAUGAAUUAUUUCAGGAUCAGUUAAGAGACUUGGGGUCGGAUACAGCGUGGACCGCCUGGCUCUUUCCUGUUGUUACAUUUUGAUGUUAAUUAUCAUUGAAAUAAUUGUAUAUGAAUAGUUUAUAGCUGUUUAAAACAUUAUUUUAAACUGCUUGUCAUCAUCGCCUCUCCUUAACUAGUA